GGACCCAGCUGGGAUCUGAAUUUUGACCUGAUUUUAACCAUAAAUGAAGCAUUGCAGAAUUUUUUCGUUAACGUUGAACGUUAUUUAUUUGCAUAUAUUUAUUUAUUUAUGUAUAUAUUUAUUUGCAAUUAAGUUAAUAACGUUUCACAGUUAAUGUGUAAUUCGUCAGAUUAGUCUAAUAAUAUCCAAAAGACUAAUGAAUCUUAAGGUGCGUUCACGCCAUAUCGUAAUUCCCGUAAUUACGAGAUUCCAACUUGUAAAAAGCGUUCACGUCCUCGCAGAACUUGUAAUUACAACUUGUGAACUGGGAGCCUUGUGAGAGCUACGACUGGUACGACAUGACUGCUGUACCACCUGACCAACGUAGGCUCUGUUUAGGCGUUGAUAGUGUUGCCAUAGAAAAGCAUAAUUCCGAGUCAGAGGACGUGAACAGCUCCGAGUAGAACGUCACAUGUUGUCAUCUCGAAAUUACGCGCGUUCAGCUCUCUCGACCACCGUAGAGCCGAAUGACCUCUAGCGUGGGAGAUUUUGAGGGCGAAACUGACGCUCGCAAUUUGAUACAUUAGAUGUGAUUUUUUCAGAAAAGAAAAGAAAAGAAAAGAAAAAAAAAACAUUUGGAAAUAAAACUCCAACCAAGUGAGUAUUAAAGCUUGCAGUAUGUAUGUCAGCAAUGCGAACAAAAUUCUUCAGCUCUUUCUGCUCUUACUUCCAAUAGCUGUUCCCAAAGGCUCUCAUUCUAUGUGGUUGCUUGCAACAUACAUCAAAGGGCAAAUGCCAUUUCCUGAAUUUAGCUAUGUAGCAAUGCUGGAUGAUGUCAGAAUUAUGUAUUAUAAUGGUGAAACAAAAACUCUCCAUCCAAGAGGAAAUACAACAGCUGAAGACGAUGUGUUUGAUUCAAAUGUUCUCCUCAGAAUAAGUGACUACAUAUACACACACUUUAUGGAAAGACUGGAAGUAGCAAAACAAAACUUAAAUGAAACUGAUCGUUACCUUGUCCUUCAGAGGCUAGUUAUGUGUGAGUUGAAAGACAAUGGUGAACCGGGACAAAUGAUCACGAGAGAUGCUGUCAGAGGAUCCACCACUGAUGAGCUGUCAUAUGAUGACAAUAAGUUUACAUAUCAGGGUCAUUUAAAUGUCCCAGCCCCUGUGCUAAAUUUUCAUCUUGAAAUCAGCAAGAGUCGUCAUGAAAUUCUGUACCGCCCAUACUGCAUUAAAACACUCAAGGGUUACAUGGAAAGAAGGAAAAAUCAAGUCCAUAGAAAAGUGAAACCCAAAGUCAGACUCAUCCAGAGUUAUGGAGGGUUUCAUGUGAGCUGUUUAGCAACAGGAUUUUACCCUCGUCACAUCAACCUGACCCUGUUCAGAGAUGGGCAGCCUGUAGCUGAUCAUGAGAUCACUGGAGGAGAUCUGCUGCCCAAUGGUGACGGGACGUACCAGAUGAGGAAGAGUCUGGAGAUCAGUGCAGUGAAACACAUUUACACCUGCUCUGCCACACACCUCAGUCUGGACAACAAACUGGACGUCACUUUAGAGUUUGAUCACGGGGAACCAUUUAAAUCAGUGAUUCCCUCAGUUCUGACAGUUUUGGCUCUUGAUGUUGUUUGGAGCUGCAUGUUGGUAUAACUGUAUGGAAAAGACGUUGUACAGGUAUGACAAGAAUGGAAAUAUUUCUAAAGGUCCUAGAAAAAGGAUUUAGGUUUACAAAGUUGCAUUUAAAAAAAAACAAUCAAACCAGAAACAAUAAUUCCUUUUGUCUUUCUUUUGGUAUUUAGAUUCAGCUAAAAGUGGUUAUUCUAAUGCUUCUAGUAAGUACUUCUAGUUAUUCUAAUAUAUUUGUUCAUUUAGAACAUUAAGAAAAUAUGUUCACACUGUACACACUCAUUAAACAAUACAUUUUAUUUUCAGCAUCUGAAGAAAGUGUGACACAAAUUCAAAAUUAAUAUGCCUUGAUGCAAAGUGACAAUCUUUAAAUUUACUUUACCUACACAGUUUCCACUAUAAUUUACCUAAGAGGUAAACAAUCAAUCUGCAAGUGUCAGCCACUGUCAUAUAACUGAUUAAUUGUCAAACUGUUAUACCUUUCUAUUCUUUGACUUAAAAGUUGCAGAGAAGAUUUGGAGAAAUGUAGACACCUGCUUAUGUAU